CUCUUCACCGUUAUUCGCUUCGCACGAUCAUCGUCUCUCGUCUUCUACUUUGAUUUCCUUUGUAAUUAGCGGCGGAUAUGGAAAUAGUAUCAUCGCCGUCGUGAUGUUGUGAAUUGUGAUCUCCGAGAGUUUGUUUUUACUUGGGUUUUUGGUAGAAAGGGAGAGUGCCGAUUAGGGUUUUUCGCUUCGCACGAUCAUCGUCUCUCAUCUUCUACUUUGAUUUUCUUUGUAAUUAGCGGCGGAUAUGGAAAUAGUACCAUCGCCGUCGUGAUGUUGUGAAUUGUGAUCUCCGAGAGUUUGUUUUUACUUGGGUUUUGGGUAGAAAGGGAGAGUGCCGAUUAGAGUUUUCGCUUGGGCUGUGACGAGAGAUGAACGGCGCACGUGAAUCAUGGAAUCGGAAAUUCGCUUAAUCUUGGUUCAUCAUCUUUGAAGCUUGUUGUCCCAAGGCUAUUGGAAUGGUGUUCUGGAACUUCUGCUACAUAUAAAGAGCAUAUUGGUUUCAUCUUACACAGAGAUAAGUCUAUUUUUCUCUUUAUGUUAUUCAGGAAUUUUGUCAGCAUCACAAAUAUCUAAUACAAAAAAUUGCCAAACAGCUCACGAACAUCAAUAAUAACACUAACAUACAACAUAGAAAAAUAUAGUGCACAUCAUCUCAAACUAAAUACUACACCAACAUUUCACACACACAAAAAAUACCAAGCAAAGAAACUAGAAUCCCAAACCAAACUAGAAACACGAAAACUACCACAAAUAUCACAAACAAAAUACAAAAUAAUCAUCUUAAGCCAAACGCUACACAAACAUCAUUAAUAGCACAUAAAUAUAUCUAUGAAACACCAAAACCAUAAUCUUCUUGUUUCGAGUCUCUAUGUUUGUUUCUAUGAGUUUUGAUAACUCUGUGUGUAUAUAAUUUUGCAGUAUCGUAAAGAAGCUGAAUGGCUGAAAGCGACCGUGUUAUUGCUUGCACACAACCAAGCGCCUCAAUGUUCAGUCGUUGCGAGAAAUUGGUUGAAGAGAUGAAAUUCAAGCUUGGGGACGAAGUGUGGUAUACCAUUCCAUUCAAUCAUACAACUUUGUGUGAAGGUUCUCAUAUAGUACCAAUUGUAGAGAUGAUAGAGGAUCCUCUUUUGCCAAGUAUAUGCUCAAACAUUCUUUAGUGAAAUAUCAUUAUUGUAUAACUAACAAGAUCUCGAGGAGAAUAGAGAUCCAAGCCACCAUCAUUAUUGUCUGAGCGAUUGGGCAGUGUACCUUUGUUCCAGCUAAAAUGGGAUCACAAGUGCUAGUUCCUUUCCGAGGCUCAGAGAACUCUCCUCGACAUAAGUUGAUGGGAGAUUUAGGACAGAUAAUCUGUUUUUUUGGUUUAAUACAAUGCUUUUAAAGGUAGUGCCGAUGAUAUUGGAUCCAAGAGAUGAAGCCUCGAAUAAGGCUGUCAUGGCAAAGGCUAAUGGGGUUAUCAAUCUAAUUGGGAGAGAGUUGGAGACCAGAAAUUUCAGCUUCGAGGAGCUGAAUCAUCAUAUGGCUGAGAAACUUGCAUUGGUUGCCAAGGAACAUAGUGGGAUACUGGGAUCAUUAGGAGCAUUAGUGUCAUCACCUUCAAGAAUGCAGAGGGCAAAAGCUGCUGCUGAGUCAUGAAACUUGCGACCAUGAUCGGUACAGAGGACAGAAUCUUGAACCCCUGGGCUCAGUUCGAUAAAAAAUAUGGUUUCCUCUCACUCAUAAGUGUUGGGACCACCAAGGAGAGAGUACGAGACCAGAAAUUUCAGUUUUGAGGAGGCGAGUCAUCAUAUGGCUGAGAAACCUGCAUUGGUUACUGUUUGAAUCCUUGUCUCCAGACACUCUGGUUGCCAAGGAACAUGGUGGGACAAUGCAAUAUAUCUCAAGUUUCGUCCCUAGGAGCUUCAGUGUCAUCUCUCCUUCAAGAAUGCAGUGGGAAAAAGUUGCUGCUGAGGUAAACCUAUAACUGCUAUCUCCACACGGAACACUCUCACUCAAAGGUGAUGGCACCACCAUCAUAGGGCAUGAAGGUUCUCACACAUACACAUUCUAAACAUUGAGAUGAUCAUCUCUUGAAAAAGUAUAUUGUUUAUCAUGGUAGAUGAAGCUCACGUUUUAUGCUUGCACACAGCCGAAACGCCUCAUUGUCCAGUUUUUGCGAGAGAGUGGCUGAAGAGCUGAGGAUGAAGUUGGUUAUACCAUUUGAUACAAAGAUCAUACAAAUUCGGGCAUUACUUGUGUGAAGGUUCUCAGUUCUCACAUAAUCGUAGAGAUAAUCGAGGAUCCUCUCUUGACAAAAUCUACAUAAGUGUUUAUCAUGGUAGAUGAAGCUCACGAGUUUCAUCAACACAUAAUCAAGAUGUGUUUAGUUUCAAUCCAGAGGAUAAUAUAAAGAGAUCGUGCCUCAGAUUAAGUUCGCAGGUCCCACCUCAUUUCCUCCGAUCAUCGAUAUGGCCAUGACUAUUGUUGAGCAGAGAGCGGUGGCCAAUAUCACGUCCUAGUGAUAUUAGCAGAUGGGCAGGUUCAUCAUCUUUGAAGCUUAUUGUCCCCUUAAAGCUAUUGGAAUGGUGUUCUGGAACUUCUGCUACAGAUAAAGAGCAUAUUGGUUUCAUCUUACACAGAGAUAAGUCUAUUUUCCUCUUUAUGUUAUUCGGUUUGUCAGCAUCACAAAUAUUUAAUACAAAAAAUUUCAAACAGCUCACGAACAUCAAUAAUAACACAAACAUACAACAUAGAAAAAUAUAGUGCACCAGAAUCAUCAUCUCAAACUAAAUAUUACACCAACAAUUCACACACACGAUAAAUACCAAACAAAUAAACCAGAAUCCCAAACAAAACUAGAAACAUAAAAACUACCACAAAUAUCACAAAAAAAAUACAAAAUAAUCAUCUUAAGCCAAACGCUACACAAACAUCAAUAGCACAUAAAUAUAUCCAAGAAAUACCAAAACCAUAAUCUUCUUGUUUCGAGCCUCUAUGUUUGUUUCUAUAAGUUUUGAUAAUUCUGUGUGUAUAUAAUUUUGUAGUAUCGUAAAGAAGCUGAAUGGCUGAAAGCGACCGUGUUAUUGCUUGCACACAACCGAAGCGCAUCAAUGUUCAGUUGUUGCGAGAAAGUGGCUGAAGAGAUGAAAUUCAAGCUUGGGGACGAAGUGUGGUAUACCCUUCGAUUCAAUCAUACAACUUUGUACCUUUGUUCCAGCUAAAAUGGGAUCACAAGUGCUAGUUCCGUUCCGAGGCUCAGAGAACUCUCCCCGACAUCUCAAGUUGAUGGGAGAUUUAGGACAGGUAGUUCCGAUAAAUUUGAUCCAAGAGAUGAAGACUAUAUUAAGGCUGUCAUGGCAAAGGCUAAUGGGGUUAUCAAUCUAAUUGCUAGUUGUUUUGUCUAUAUAAUUUUGGUCCAACAAUUAUAGUUAAAACUUUUAAUAAGCAAUUCUGGUCUUUUACUUUUCGAAUGAUACUUAUUCUAAUCCACAGGGAGAGAGUACGAGACCAGAAAUUUCAGUUUUGAGGAGGCGAAUCAUCAUAUGGCUGAGAAACUUACAUUGGUUGCCAAGGAACAUGGUGGGACAAUGAGAUAUUUCAAAUUUCGUCCCUAGGAGCUUCAGUGUCAUCUCUCCUUCAAGAAUGCAGAGGGCAAAAGUUGCUGCUGAGAGGUUGCUGCGAAAGAUUGGCUAAAGAAAAAAGAGUCAAACUUGGGGACGAAAUAUUGGUUAUACAAUUGAUUCAGAGAUCAUACAACUUCGCAUAUGGCAUGACUUGUGUGAAGGUUCUCACACAUACACAUUCUAAACAUAGAGAUGAUCAUCUCUUGAAAAAGUAUAUUGUUUAUCAUGGUCGCCUCAUUGUCCAGUUUCUGCGAGAGAGUGGCUAAAGAGCUGAGGAUGAAGUUGGUUAUACCAUUUGAUGCAAAGAUCAUGCAACUUCGGGGAUUACUUGUGUGAAGGGUUCUCCCAUAGUCGUAGAGAUAAUCGAGGAUCCUCUCUUGACAAAAUCUACUGUUUAUCAUGGUAGAUGAAGCUCACGAGAUGCAUCAACACAUAAUCAAGAUGCGUUCAGUUUCAAUCCAGAGGAUAGGUUCUGUAAUAGAUUUGAGGAAGUACUUGGUCGGUAUAAAGAGAUCGUGCCUCAGCUUAAGCUCGCAGGUCCCACCUCAUUUCCUCCGAUCAUCGAUAUGGCCAUGACUAUUGUUGAGCAGAGAGCGGUGGCCAAUAUCACGUCCUAGUGAUAUUAGCAGAUGGGCAGGUUCAUCAUUUUUGAAGCUUGCUGUCCCCUUAAAGCUAUUGGAAUGGUGUUCUGGAACUUCUGCUACAAAAAAAUAGCAUAUUGGUUUCAUCUUACACAGAGAUAAGUCUAUUUUCCUCUUUAUGUUAUUCGGGAAUUUUGUCAGCAUGACAAAUAUUUAAUAUAAAAAAAAUUCAAAACAGCUCACGAACAUCAAUAAUAACACAAACAUACAACAUAGAAAAAUAUAGUGCACCAGAAUCAUCAUGUCAAUAUUACACCAACUUUUCACACACACAAAAAAUACCAAACAAAGAAACCAGAAGAAUCCAGCAGUUCAAAAACAAAAACAAAAGAAACCAGAAUCCCAAACAAAACUAGAAACACAAAAACAACCACACAUAUCACAAACAAAAUACAAAAUAAUCAUCUUAAGCCAAACGCUACACAAACAUCAAUAGCACAUAAAUGUAUCUACGAAACACAAAAACCAUAAUCUUCUUGUUUCGAGCCUCUAUGUUUGUUUCUAUAAGUUUUGAUAAUUCUGUGUGUAUAUAAUUUUGCAGUAUCGUAAAGAUGCUGAAUGGCUGAAAGCGACCGUGUUAUUGCUUGCACACAACCGAAGCGCCUCGAUGUUCAGUUGUUGCGAGAAAGUGGCUGAAGAGAUGAAAUUCAAGCUUGGGGACGAAGUGUGGUAUACCAUUCGAUUCAAUCAUACAACUUUGCACAGGAAGUGACUAGUGUGAAGGUUCUUAUAUAGUACUAAUUGUAGAGAUGAUAGAGGAUCCUCUUUUGCCAAUGAAAACUCAGGAAUGAUGCUGAAUGUCAUGGACCGAUUAUGUUUUCUGGUUGAAGUAUUGUAUGUAGAAAGUGGAAUUUGAGCUAAGUCAACAAAACUUUCACUCUUCUCUCUUCCUUUUUUAGUUAUUGGUUUUGAAUUAAGUUCAUUAGUCUCAAAAUUUAAUUGUUUUUCUCAUUAUUGCAGGCUCAAACUUUCUUUAGAAGAUAUCAUUAUUGUAUAACUAACAAGAUCUCGUGGAGAAUAGAGAUCCAAGCCACCACCAUUAUUGUCUGAGCGAUUAAGGCUGUCAUGGCAAAGGCUAAUGUGGUUAUCAAUCUAAUUGGGAGAGAGUACGAGACCAGAAAUUUCAGUUUUGAGGAGGCGAGUCAUCAUAUGGCUGAGAAAUCUGCAUUGGUAUCUGUUUGAAUCCUUGUCUCCAAACACUCUGGUGAAGAGGUUGCCAAGGAACAUGGUGGGACAAUGCGAUAUAUUUCAAGUUUCGUCCCUAGGAGCUUCAGUGUCAUCUCUUCUUCAAGAAUGCAGAGGGCAAAAGUUGCUGCUGAGAGGUUGCUGCGAAAGAUUGGCUAGAGAGAAAAGAGUCAGACUUGGGAACGAAAUAUUGGUUACACCAUUUGAUUCAGAGAUCAUACAACUUCGUGAUUAUUAUGGUACAUGAAGCCCACGUGUUAUGCUUGCACACGGCCGAAACGCCUCAUUGUCCAGUUUCUGCGAGAGAGUGGCUGAAGAGCUGAGGAUGAAGUUGGUUAUACCAUUUGAUUCAAAGAUCAUACAACUUCGCUAAUAUUUUUUCUCGAACCUUCGUGUACUUUUAACCGUAUAGAGCGUUCAUAUGAGGCCUCAAAAUAUUUUGUCCUUUGUAAACACAGGGCAUUACUUGUGUGAAGGUUCUCACAUAGUCGUAGAGAUAAUCGAGGAUCCUCUCUUGACAAAUCUACUGUUUAUCAUGGUAGAUGAAGCUCACGAGAUGCAUCAACAACACAUAAUCAAGAUGCGUUUAGUUUCAAUCCAGAGGAUAGGUUCUGUAAUAGAUUUGAGGACGUACUUGGUCGGUAUAAAGAGAUCGUGCCUCAGCUUAAGCUCGCAGGUCCCACCUCGUUUCCUCCGAUCAUCGAUAUGGCCAUGACCAUUGUUGAGCAGAGCAGAUGGGUAUGAAUAAUCCUGGUGACAAAGAAGCGUUGACUCUGAAAAUGGACACUUAAGUGUAAGGAGCUUAAAACAUUACACAAACUUUCAAGGUUCGUUGUCAUUGAAGCUUGCAGUCCCGUUAGUCCCGUUAAAGCUAAUUUCAAUAGAAUCUUGCAACUUCAACUAUAAAACAGAGCAUACUGGCUCCAUUUCAAUAGUCUUCCCUCCCUUCUCUUUAUUUUUAUUUGGUAUUUUUUUUUAAUUUUCUUCUCUAUUGUCAAAAAAUAUAUCAGCAUCACAAAUACAUCUACUAACAAAAUUUCAAAAUAUUCCACGG